AUUGAAACAGAGGCGCAGUUGUCUGACAGAGUUGAGAGAUACAGUAAGAUAGAUACAGUAUGAUAGACACAACGAGGAAAACAUCGCGUCGCACGUUCGCCACCUACCUGUUGAAUAUCACCGCGGUUUAAUUUGUAAGUUUGGGGUUGGGUUGACGAGUCACUCACUGUCGAAGAACAAAGUCGAACCUGGAAAAAGGAGAGUCAGUCGAGGUUUUGUCGAGGUAAAUGCGGAAGGAAAGAGGAUUUGUGCAACUGGUAGCCACUCCAAUGUUCUAACCGGACCGACAGACCAAAGGAUUUAUCAACCGAUCAAACCGAUUUAUUGACGCCAAAAAAACACAAUGCCUUUAGGACUGAGGAGAAAGAAGAACAAGUCGAGAGAGAGCUCGAACCUGGUGGAGAAUGAGGAGGUCGGUGGACACGCAACUGGGAGCUCCGUGAAGUCGACCGUAAACGGAGCGGGGCUCCCACCACCACCUGCCAACCUGCGGCCCAAACUAGUGUUCCACACUCAGCUCGCCCACGGCAGCCCCACGGGAAGGAUCGAGGGAUUUACUAACGUCAAAGAACUCUACGGGAAAAUAGCUGAUACGUUCAAUUUAAGUCCACCAGAGAUCCUGUUCUGUACAUUGAACACCCAUAAGAUGGACAUGGAGAAGCUGCUUGGUGGUCAGAUCGGCCUGGAAGACUUUAUAUUCGCCCACAUUAAAGGGAUUAAGAAGGAGGUGGAGGUGUUUAAAUCAGAGGAGGCCCUGGGACUCACCAUCACAGAUAACGGGGCGGGAUACGCCUUCAUCAAGCGUAUCAAGGAGGGCAGUGUGGUGGACAAUGUGAAGGUGAUCUCUGUAGGAGACCACAUAGAGUGUAUCAACGGGAAGAACAUUGUGGGAACACGUCACUACGAGGUGGCUCGCAUGCUGAAGGAGCUGCCUAAGGAGCAGAAGUUCACCCUCAAACUGGUGGAGCCGAUGAAGGCCUUCGAGAUGCUGGAGCCGAGGUCGAAGGGAGCCAAGCCGGCCAGUGAGAAUAAGUUGGGGACAGGGAGAGGGACUCUGAGACUGCGCGCCAAAGGACCUGCUACCGUAGAGGAAGUGCCAACAGAGUUUGAGGAGAAAGCAGUGAAGAAGGUGGAUGACUUACUGGAGAGCUACAUGGGUAUCAGAGAUACAGAACUGGCGGCAACCAUGGUGGAGGUGGGUCGGGACAAGAAGAACCCUGAUGAGUUUGCCAUGGCUCUGGACGAGGCUCUCGGAGACUUUGCCUUCCCUGACGAGUUUGUGUUCGACGUCUGGGGCGCCAUUGGAGAUGCCAAACAGGGACGUCUUUAAAAUAAUGUUUUAACUGAUUACCCAGAUCACCAAGCCUGGUCCAAGACAGCACAAACACAUCUGGAACCAGGCUACCAACCCCUGUUCCAGUGGACAAAUAUCAGCCAGUAGAGAAUGAGGGAAUUACCAGGGACCUCACGCAUUGCGAGUCCAUACUGUGAUUUUAUUCAAAUUUGAUGUUCCGAACAUAUUGCUCACUAAAUGUCUGCUGCAGAAGGACAAGCUAGAGAAUGAGGAAAUUAGUUUUAAAUCAGUCUUUGGAAAUAAGUGGUCACUGUGUUAAAAGAUGGAGAACAAACUAUAGGAUGGAAAAUACCUGAAUUUUGGCGCAGGUACAUCCGAAUAGCGCUAGCUAACACUACCUUUGAAAAGGAAAAGUCGAUACUUAAAGAGUCAAAGUAUCUACAUAAUACGGUCCAAAAUAAUAUUGUGAUAUGUAACUAUCGAUUAUAUUCCCCUACUAUUAUUAUAUACACCCUCGAGGACAGAAUCACUUAUUGAUCAGUCAUGUCCCACUCAACCUAGUUCUCUGGAUUGCAUCCCAAAUGGGCACCCUAUUCCCUUUAUAGUGCACUACUUGGCACCCUAUUCCCUACAGUGCACUACUUGGCACCCUAUUUCCUUUAUAGUGCACUACUUGGCACACUAUUCCCUUUAUAGUGCACUACUUGGCACCCUAUUUCCUUUAUAGUGCACUACUUGGCACCCUAUUUCCUUUAUAGUGCACUACUUGGCACACCAUUCCCUUUAUAGUGCACUACUUGGCACGCUAUUCCCCACAUAGUGCACUACUUGGCACCCUAUUCCCUUUAUAGAGCACUACUUGCCACCCUAUUCCCUACAUAGUGCACUACUUGUCCUUUCCCACGGGUUCCAAUGGGUACACACCUCUGUCUGAAUCAGUCCUUCUAAUAACUGGUGUGAAUUGUAAUGUACUAAUGAUCACAUACUUACUGUUCAUCGUGGCGUUUUAUAUUAGUCUUCUAAUGUUGCUGUGGAGUUUUAAGCACCAGCAGAUCCCCCAUCAGAAACAGAUGCCGUAUGGUCUUCUUCAUAUGUUCCAACGCCUCACAGAUGACUGUUUAUUUAGAGCCUACAGAGAAAUUAAAUCGUUGUUUUUAUUCUAGCUAUGGAGGGUGAGGUCAGAUCCCGACCCACCUUUCAGCUAAUAUUCCUUCACUUCGUGGCAUUUUGUUUUGUACAGGCUGCUUAGUAUAUAAUUAUCAUAAAUACUUAUUUGUUUAUUUAUUUUAAGCUGGAAAAUAUUUUAUACAAAAUCUCAAGACCGACGAUUGGAAUUCGACAGAAAUCUUGAAAAGUGUCACUUCGUGGUCAAUUGCAAUUCAAAAUGUCUGACACUGUCGAAAGAAACCACUGUAGAUUGAAUUGAAUCACCACACUGAAUUUGAAUAGUAAUUAAUUCUUACUAUAGUAUGUGUAUUGAGUUGUUUUAGAGAGGUUUACUACUGAACACAGCUUCAGUGUUUUAUGGAAAUACUUAAGGGAUCAGUUAGACAAAAAAAUAAAAUGUACUAUUCUCUA